AUGGGGGAGCGCCUGGGCAAGUCCCCCGCCUCCCUGGCGCUGCUCGCCCUCGCCUUGGCCGUGGGGGCCAGGUCGCUGCCUUUAUCGGACGCCGGACCCCACGUGAACUACGGCUGGGGGGAGCCCAUACGGCUGCGGCACCUCUACACCGCCAGCAAGCACGGGCUCUUCAGCUACUUCCUCAGGAUCGGCAGCGACGGCCGGGUGGACGGCGCCAGCAGCCAGAGCCCGCAGAGUCUGCUGGAGAUCCGCGCCGUGGCGGUGCGCACCGUGGCCAUCAAGGGCGUGCGGAGCUCCCGCUACCUCUGCAUGGACGCGGCGGGGCGGCUGCGCGGGCAGCUCAGGUAUUCUACUGAAGAUUGUUCCUUUGAAGAGGAGAUACGCCCAGACGGCUACAACGUAUAUAAAUCAAAGAAACAUGGAAUCUCUGUGUCUUUGAGCAAUGCGAAGCAAAGACAACAGUUCAAGGGAAAAGAUUUUCUUCCAUUAUCUCACUUUUUACCUAUGAUUAACACUGUGCCUGUGGAGUCAACAGACUUUGGUGAAUACGGUGAUUACACAACUUUCGAAUCAGAUAUGUACUCCUCACCUCUUGAAACCGACAGCAUGGAUCCCUUUGGAAUCACCUCCAAACUGUCUCCAGUGAAGAGCCCAAGCUUUCAGAAAUGA